AUGUCGUCUACUGCGGUGAAGGUGACGGAGGCCAUGCAGGCUGCCGAUCAUUCGCAGAGAGGGUCAAAGCUCCGUACGCCCAGGCAUGAGACCAUCGUCGUUAUCAGCCAAUUGUUUGUUGCCAGGCGGACACCUGCAGGACGCUGGCACGAUAUACUCGUACUCGUACCCCCCUUGAUGAUGCCGCUAUCGAAGCAAUGGCCCUCGCAUCUCUUUCCCCGAGCACAAGCAAGCCGAGUCAGCCAAGAGGCCAAGCUCUGGGAAUCGGUGAAUGCGACUCGCCGCCUCGGCACGCUAAGACGUGCUCCAAGUGUCCCGCAUGCUGGCUCCACCGCGAUCGUCAGCAACCCUGUCAGGCUCGAUGGUUAUAAAAAGCUUGAGGGGGAAAAUCAAGGAAAUCGCACAGCAGCUGGUGGGCCUAUGGAUCCACGUAGGCCUCGGCGGUUCUGGGAAAGUCCAGCAGGCAGGGCUGCGUCUUGCAACUUGUUUUCGUCUGACGGGGUGGGAAAAACGACAUCCAUGGAUAUGUUCUGGUCGGAUGGAUACAUAUGA